CAGAGGGCGCGGAUGUGCUUCGGUCGCGCGUUAUGAACGAGACGAAGAGACGCGGCGGUUGAGUUCAAAUUUUACAAGGAGAAAAUAAGCAGCGGAUGGAGGGAAGUUGCAUUUAGAUUUAGUGCAGUUUUCCACGUGACCUGAAGAUGGAGCAGUUGAAUCUCGUAAAUGAGGGAGGAAAAUCUUCCAGAAGGAGGUUGUCAUCAAUUUUAAAAGCUCCUCGGACAUCAAUGAGAGUACCCGAACCAGAGGAGCCACAGGAGGAAGUCACCAAGCCUAUUGAGAAGAAGAGAAUUUCACGGCGAGUGAGUUUUGCAGCAACGAAAAAUGUCCGUGUUUUUUCGAAAGAUAUAAAGAGUGAAUCUCCCGUUUUGGCAUCUGUUCCGAACACAGCUGUCGGAGAUGGCAGACCAGAUGAAAAGAUUCUGCAUUUUGUUGAAGAGGGAAAUCACCAAAUCAAAGGCCUAGACACUUUGUUAAACACUCCUCUAUAUGUAUCCCAGCAUCUGGGCAGGGAGAACUUCUUCUCAGAUCCUGUCCUGCAAGAUGACUGUGUGGAUAGAACAAUGUUGAUUGGAGAAGAGACUGGAUACAUGGAUAUGACACACAGCCACACAAUAUCAAUUGAUAAGGAUAACGAAAUUGAGCAGUUGAAGCCAGAUUUUGGCCUCAAAGCAGCACAGGUCAUCGGGGAUCAGAAUGUUGCCGGUCAGAAGCGUGUUUCAUGUUGCACAAAAGUCGAGACUAAAAAUCCAAACAUGGACUCAGACUUCAAUGCUUUUCUUGCGAGUAUAUCGCUACCCACUAUAAAAAAUGUUGUACCCUUGUCUUCUAAAAAAGAGCUUGCCUAUACAAGCACAUCGGAAAUUGACAAGGAGAAUCACCUGCCACCGUUUUUAAUGCAACAAGUUCAGCAUUCCGUCACCAAAGGUAACCCACAACAACCAAGGGGACUUCAACGGAGACGUUCCCGUGUUGCAUUUUCUGAAGACAAUACUGUGGAAGUGACCACAAGUCACACUGCUGUUAUUGAAAACCGAAGUAACGGUCAGCCUGUUUUGUCUUUUGUUUCUGGAAAUAGUGGUAUUGCUUCAACACCGAUGUUUUCACAUGAUGAUGACAUGGAGCUCACUCAAAGCCAGACUGCCGCUAUCAAUGUUAAGCUUACAGGAAAUAUCAGUCACAAUAAUCAUUCGGCUCUGGAUCACAACAGAUCCCAUUAUUUCUCAGAGAACGAUGAUGCAAUGGAGAUGACAGGAAUGUUUGAUGUUUCCCGUCGAGAAAAGGAACACGCAAUCAGUACGAAAGAGGAAACUUCAAUUUCCAAAGCUAGCAAAAUAUCCCAUUUUAAUGUGGCUGGAAAUGUAGAGAUAAUGGAUCGAAACAAACCAGGGCAUUUUCAAAGCAAUCUCUCAAUGGCCCAACCUGCUAAUUCUGAUGAUAUGGAGAUGACAGAGACUUUAGAUGUAUCUGUUCAAGAGAAAGAGAAUACAGCCAGUAUGAAAAACGAAAGUCUGUUUUUAUUUCCCAAAAUAAGCAAGAAAUCCUCUUUUAAUGGGAUGGGAAAUGGUGUAAUAGUGGAUCAAAACAAAUCUGGUCAUCUUUCAAUAGCUCAAGGUGCUAAUUAUGAUGAUAUGGAGAUGACACAGUGCCAAACUAUUGUUCUUGAGUCCAAACAGUUCAGUGGAGAGAAGUCAUUGGUUAACUCAAGAAGGAGUUUGUCUAAUGCAUCCAUGUCUAGUUCUGUUCAAAAUAAAGAACAUACAGCAAGUAUAACAGAUGGAGCUUUGCUUCAAAUUCACAGACCAAGUAAGAUGUCCUCCAUUAGAAAUGAAGAGAUAAUGGCUCAAAACAAAUCUGGCAAUCUCUCAAUAACACAACAUGCUUAUUCUGAUGAUAUGGAGAUGACCGAGGCCUUAGAAGUGUCUGUCCAAGAAAAAGAAUAUACAUUCAGUAAUAUGAAGAAAAUAUCACUUCCGUUUUCCCAAAUAACCAAGAAGUCCUCAUUUAAUGUGACUGGAAAUGCCAGGAUAAUGGAUGAAAAUGGAUCUUGCUGUCUUCCAAUCCCCCAGACCGAUCAUUUUGAUGAUAUGGAGAUGACACAGUGUCAAACUAUCGUUUUCGAGGCCAAACAGUUUAGUGACGACAAACAGUUAAGCAACUCAAGAAAGAGUAUGCCACAUGCAUCCAUAUCAAGUUCUGUUCAAGAGGAAGAUUUGAAAAUGGAAGCUCUGCUUCAAAUUCACAAACCAGGCAAGAUGCCCUCUGUGGAUGUGUUUAGAAAUGAAGAGAGAAUAAGUCUAAAAGAGUCCGGCAAUUCCCCAAUAGCUCAGACUGCUGAUUCUGAUGAUAUGGAGAUGACGGAGGCAUUAGAAGUGUCUGUUCAAGAAAGAGAAUACACUGCCGGUGCUUAUCCAUAUCCACAAAUAAGCAAGAACUCAAAUAUCAAUGUGACCGGAAACGGGAAGAUUGUGGACCAAACCAAAUCUGCCAAUUUUGAUGAUAUGGAGAUGACACAAUGUCAAACAAUCGUUCUCGAGUCCAAACAGUUCGGUGGUGACAAACCUCUGAGCAGCUCCCGGAAGAGUUUUUCUCGUGCUUUAAGGUCUGAAACUGAAUAUGGCGAUGGGAUGGACAUGACUCAAGCAUUCUCUGGACGUAUUGUCCUUAACGCCCAUUCAGCUUCCAAUAGAGGGAAAGGACAAAGUGUUGUUUUACCUGCAAUGCUUACAUCCUCAACUCACAAUCAAAGUGACUGUAUGGACUUGACAGGUGAACCAAGUACCUUUGCUGGAAUUGCUCCUCCAAGUCCAGACGAAAUGGAGUUGACUGGAUGUGCGACUGUUAACAUAGACUCGAAUCGCACCUUGCUAGCUGCAAACACAACCUCCAUGAGAAGAGCACCGUCCUUGGAAAACCAAACCAUCGUUGUUUCUGAACCCAUGGAGAUGACUGAGGUGCAAAUGUUACCAGUCAGUGAGAGGAAAGCGGUGGCGACUCGAAAAAUGUCAGAAAGAGGCGUGUUGUCGUUUCCCAAUCCUAAAAAUAUUGAAGUCAAUAACUGUCUGAAGAAUUUCUCAAAGCUUGAUGAUAUGGAAAUGACACAAUGUCAGACUGUCGUACUUGAGGCUGAAAACUACGAGAGCGUCAAACCGAAAGGUAAAUCGAGGAAGAGUUUGAACCUUGUAACUUCAUUGUCCAGACCUAAUGUUGACUGUAUGGACAUGACCGAGGCAUUCACUGCAAAUAUUAUGUCGAGGAGCCUCGUAUCCACUGAGAAAAGGAAGACUGACCGAAAUCUGUUGCCUUCGGCACAAAUUGAUCCAAAUUGCACGGACGUAAUUCAUCAAGCCAGUACUUUAGGUGUCGAUGAUAAAAUGGAAUUUACAGGUUGCAAUACGAUUGCAAUUGACACGCAAGGAACUUUGGCAGGCACUAGUGCAAAGAUCAAAGCAGCUGAAAGUGCACUUUGGGCAUCAACAUCUGUUUCUUGCCCAGGGUCAAGUGAAGAACAGAAUAACGCGUCUGAAGCUGCCAAAAGGGGUAGUAACCAUGAAGUCUACAACUCAAAACACAUCCUAUUCUCUUCAAACUCAGACCUUGAUGAUAGCGGACUCAAAUUCACUAAUACAACAAAGUCGUACACUGCAGCUGACAUGCAAGUUGAUGGAAAUUCCAAAAUGGCACAUCGAAGCAAUUCAAUGACCACAGGAUCUGUUGAUGAAGACAACAACAUGCAGGUUACAAAAGUCAUCACAAUACCCAGCGAAAUACAAGAAAAUAUUACAUUUAAUCAGAGACGAGCAGCGAAUGUGGAGACCUCCAGAAAUGUGGAAAAAGUAGCCGAGGGUCUGGAGCAGAGCUCAAACUCGGUCCAACUUGAACUUUCUUCAACUGAUUCUGUCGCAGAUUCCUUUAUUAAAGAAGAGCUACGACAUGCAAAAUCAAGAAGGAGAAGUUUGGUAGACUUUCAGAUUGAGCUUCAAAAUAUGUCACGGCGUCUUAAAGAAGAGGUAUUGAAGGGAGCAACUGCGCCUUUGCCCUCAUGUUCACUUCCAGAGAUGUCUAAAGAGCAUUGUGAAACUGCCAUUUCUACAGAGCCGGUGUCAAUUGUUACACCUAACGUCAAACAGAAAGAUAAAUCUUUUCAAAAUGACAAGACCACACCAUUCAGUCUUAGAAAGCAGCCAUUCUUAUCAAGGGUUUCAUUCAGUGGCGUUGUGCCGAAACUUUCCAAGAGAGCUACGGCUAUAACUCCGAACAAGACCAUAACCCCAAGUACUCACGAUUUGCAGUGUUUUUACGUGGAGAAACAUUUGGACGUCAAGCUAAACAGCAACUGCGAAACAGUCAACAUCAAUGACGAAGAAUUUCCCGAGAUGAGCACCGAAGAGGAUUUGUCAGGAACUCUUGAAAAUUGGCCGAUUCACAAAGAAGAGGAACGAGUUGAUUCUUCGGGUGCACUUAUGAACGAGGAGCUCUUAGAGAAUGAUGUCUUUGAACCAGACGUGAACACCAGCCAAGCUUUGAAAAGACCGUAUCUUGAAGAAACCAACGUUACAGCGGAACCAAACAAGAAAGCAUACAUCUCUGACAUGGGGUCUGACUGUCAUGAAGCUGGCGUACAGUGGGAAGGUUAUUUUACGAGUCACGCCGCUCAGAAUCGCAGUCCAAAGCCAAGAGAAGAUACAGGAGUUUAUGAAUCCACUCUCAGAAGCUCCCACUAUGAAUCUCAUGUAGAUGGGACGUCGGAUUACGAAUUUGAAUUCAACAAGAAACUUGAUGACGGAAGCAUCACCUUGAACGAGUUCCUGAGCCACUUCAGUAUCAACUUCGUUAUCCAUAAAUCUAGACCAAGUGCUCUUCCUGAAAGUUGCAGAGCAGGAGAGACUCGCACCAUGGAGGAUUUACUCAAGGAGAAAUACAUACAUCACCCUAAGCAGAGAGUGUAUGAGCAAGAUUGUAAAGAGCUUACGGAAAUAGUGGAAAGACUUAAAGAAGAAAUCCCUGAACAAGAAAAGGCCCUGAAAAGCAUCAACGGAGCCCUUCAGCAGGAGAUAUGUACCAUCCCAAAAGAGCAGCUUAAAAGCUUUGGCGCCAUGUUGAAAGCGAGGAGAGUUUUCUUUGGAAAAAGAAGCAAAGCACUGUCUCACGAAAUGAAGGGAGUCUUGUACUCUCAGCUGAUCAAAACAACACAGGACGCAAAACAUCAGCUCAUUGGUAAAAUCAAGGAGACAGAUGAACUGAUGGAAGAAUUGAAUGGAUGCAUCAAUGAUUUAGAGACAGAAAUUGCAGCUAUAGAUGCAGCGAUGGUGGGAAACAAUCACAACUCUUCCCAAAUCAGACCAGACUUGAAAGCAAAGGAAGACGAUUUACACAAGCUUAAUUCUGCUUUCACUGAGAAGGAAAGGGAAAUUGAUGAGCUACAGAUUCAACUGAAGACCUUUGAGGGCCAAGAGCAGAAGCUGCGAGAGGAAUGCAGCGGCUUUAAGAGUGAUCUUGCAACUUUAAACAGUUUGAAUGAGUGGCGUCUGGAUGAGACGGAUGAAAGUGGAGCUUUGUUUACUUUCCUUCACAACACUGUGCACCUGCAGGUGAAGCUACAAACACCUGCUGGGAAGGAAUGGAUGACUGAGGAUGUAGAGCGGAAGAUGGACGUAUCGCUCCAUUUGAGACUGGAUUUGGAAAAGUCUGAGUGUCAUGCCAGCAUGGUUCACAGGUUGCUAGAACUGCACAAUAAGUCUCAAGUUCAUUGGAUGCAAAAGUACCCCACAACUAGACAUAUACCAGAGCUGCUUCAUGGUCUCAGUUUGCUGGCGGGUCGUCUCCGACUUUUGGGUGAGGAGAUUCAUCGACUGAAGAAGUCAGGAGGACUGAGGCUUUGCAUUCGACAGAUCACUUGUGUGGACACGCAAAUCCAUAUCAUGUUCUCAAGUCUGAAAGCAUUUGAAAAGUUUGAGUUAAGUCUGUUGGUCACCCCUGACUAUCCCUUUAAACCUCUACAAAUACAGAACUUCCAAAGUCACAUCGGCAACACCAGGUUGAGCCAAAUUGAAGACAUUGUGUCAUCCGUGAGUCCAGGCAGGAACUAUCUGACAAAAAUCCUCAAGAACAUUCACAGUGAUCUCCUGUGCUAGGAUGUCAAACCUGUGUUUAAUCCCUCCACCCUUCUGUUCAUUUAAAAGUUUGUAAAUAUUAGUGUUCGUAUGAUCAAAUAUCCAUUAAAAGAAUAACCACAA